AUGAAGAAGAAGCAGGAGGAGAGUUCGUUGGAAAAGCUAAGCACUUGGUACGAAGACGGAGGAGAGCAAGAAGGUGGAGAGAGAGGCGAGAAGCGACGAUUGAGUUUGAUAAAAGCAUCAUCGGAGUUUAGCAAAGAGGAUAAGUCCAUUGACGAGUUUCACGAUCGCGAUUCCAAGAGGGAUCGAGAUCGAACUCAUGGAUCAUCUUCUGAUUCGAGUAAGAAGAAGAGAUGGGACGAAACUGGUGCUGAUAGUGAAAGAGGAGAUCACAUCAGCAACAAAAGCAGUAAGCUUUCUGAGACUAGGCAUGAAACCGCCGGAGAUUCGAAGUCUGAUAGAAGUUUGAAGAUGAGCAGCAGAGAGGAGAAGAGUAAUAAGAGUAGAGGAAGGUCAGAUUCCGUUAAGGAAGAUGAUAGAGGAAGUAGUCCUCUUAAGAAAGUUAGCGGUAAGGAUGAAGUGAGAAGGCGUCAUCAAGAAUCAGAACAGUCGGAUGCGGAUUACGAGAAGGAGAAGUAUAGCCGGAAAGAGGAAAGAUCGAGAGGAAGAGAUGAUGGUUGGUCUGAUAGAGAUAGGGAUAGGGAUCAAGAAGGCUCGAAAGAUAAUUGGAAGAGAAGACAUUCAAGUGGUAGUGGUGAUAAAGAUCAUAAAGAUGGAGACUUGGCUUAUGAGCGAGGCAGGGAACGGGAGUUUCCGAGGCAAGGGCGUGAGAGGAGUGAAGGAGAGAGGUCUCAUGGUCGUUCAGGUGGUAGGAAAGAUGGGAACAGAGGUGAGGCAGUUAAGGCAAUGUCAAGUGGUGGUGUUUCUAAUGAGAAUUAUGAUGUGAUUGAGAUACAAACCAAACCGCUUGAUUCUGGAGCGAGCUUGGCUCAGCAGCCUCCCAAGAAGAGUGAUGAAGAUUGUUGGGGUUACAACAACCAGGAAGGUAGUAGACAGAGGAGUGAGAAUUUUGGUUUUGGAUCUUAUGGUGAGGAUUCGAGAGAUGAAGCCAGCUCUGAUUACUCUGGAGCUAAACCGAGAUACCAGAGAGGUGCAACACCUGGAAGAACUAACUACGCGCAGACGCCUAAUAGAGGAUCUCAGAGUUCACAAGGCAUGAAAGGGAACAGACCGCUAAGGGGUGGAAAAGGAAGACAUGGUGGUGGUGGUGGUGGUGGGAGAGAGAACCAACAAGGUGCUAUUCAAUUGCCUAUCAUGGGGUCACCAUUUGCAAACCUUGGAAUGCCACCACCGAGUCCCAUUCAGUCUCUUACGCCUGGAAUGUCGCCAAUUCCUGGCGCUACUGUUACCUCUAUUUUCAUGCCUCCAUUUGCUCCAACUCUUGUCUGGCCAGGGGCUAGAGGAGUUGAUGGUAAUAUGUUGCCUGUUCCUCCUGUUCUCUCGCCUCUUCCUCCUGGACCAUCAGGUCCGAGAUUUCCUUCCAUUGGCACUUCACCAAACCCGAACAUGUUCUUUAAUCCUCCACCAGGUUCUGAAAGAGGAGGGCCUUCUCCUAGCUUCUCCAACUCUUCGUUCAAUGUUUCUGGACAAAUGGGACGUGGAAUGCCGUCUGAGAAUAAGAACUCAGGGGGAUGGGUUCCUCCUCCUCGAGGCGGUGGACCUCCUGGGAAAGCUCCUUCUAGGGGAGAGCAAAACGACUAUUCUCAGAACUUUGUGGAUACUGGGAUGCGUCCACAGAACUUCAUCCGAGAGCUGGAGCUAACCAAUGUAGAAGACUAUCCAAAGCUUAGGGAGCUGAUACAGAAGAAGGAUGAGAUUGUUACUAACUCUGCUUCUGCGCCAAUGUAUUUGAAAGGCGACUUGCAUGAACUCGAGCUGUCUCCAGAGUUAUUCGGAACAAAGUUUGAUGUUAUUCUUAUUGACCCGCCGUGGGAGGAAUAUGCCCAUAGAGCUCCUGGUGUUUCUGAUAGUAUGGAGUAUUGGACAUUUGAGGAGAUCAUGAAUCUUAAGAUUGAGGCAAUAGCUGACACUCCCUCCUUUGUCUUCCUCUGGGUUGGUGAUGGUAUUGGGCUAGAGCAAGGACGCCAAUGCCUGAAAAGGUGGGGUUACAGAAGGUGUGAGGACAUUUGCUGGGUGAAGACGAACAAAAGUAAUGCAGCACCAACUUUACGACAUGAUUCUCGUACUGUGUUUCAGCGCUCCAAGGAGCACUGCUUGAUGGGGAUAAAGGGUACUGUUCGACGUAGCACUGAUGGUCAUAUAAUCCACGCUAACAUCGACACUGAUGUUAUUAUUGCUGAAGAGCCUCCCUACGGUUCGACACAGAAACCUGAAGACAUGUAUAGGAUCAUAGAGCAUUUUGCACUUGGUCGCCGAAGGCUUGAGCUGUUCGGUGAAGAUCACAACAUUCGAUCUGGCUGGCUUACUGUUGGAAAAGCCCUUUCUUCCUCAAACUUCGAACCACAGGCUUUUGUGAGGAACUUUGCGGACAAGGAAGGUAAAGUGUGGCAAGGAGGAGGAGGAAGGAAUCCGCCUCCAGACGCGCCGCAUCUCGUUGUGACUACACCUGAUAUCGAGUCUCUCCGGCCGAAAUCACCGAUGAAGAAUCAGCAACAACAGUCAUCAUACGCACAGUCUCUGCCUUCCUCUGCAAAUUCCUCAAACCGGAGAGCCACAGGUAACUCACCGCAGGCAAAUCCUAAUGUUGUUGUCUUACAUCAAGAAGCUUCUGGUUCUAACUUCUCUGUUCCGCCCCCGCAUUGGGUGGCAACACCACCACCACCCGCGGCAGCAGCAGCUCCUCCUCCUUCGCCGAUGGAGAGCUUUAGAGUGCCUGAAGGUGGCAACAACAACCCAAGACCACCGGAGGACAAAGUUUUUGACGUGUACGGCUUUAAUUGA